AUGAACGAGCUUGCAGAGCAGGAAGGCGUUCAACGUUCUCGCACUGCUGCGCGGCCUAUUCGACCGUUGAGUCGGGCGUGGAGUGCCGGUUCUAUGGGGUUUGGCGAGCACCACCAGGCUUCAUGGGUCACUCCAGAGUAUGAGUCGACGACGAUCGGGGUUUCUGCGCGGAAGCCGCAGCUGGAGCGCCCUAUCGCGUGUGGCGGUUCCAGUAAGGUCGCCUCGGGUUCCGUGGCUGGCGAACGCGGCGCGAGCAACGCGUCGCCGCUGCCACCGCCACAUGAAACCCCGGAGCCUCACUUUCCGGAACAAACGGAGCGGGUUUCGCUGGAACUGGAACCAUCACCGGACAGCUUUCUGCAGGAUGAGCCCGAGCUACGGAAAACAACGGGCGCAGAUCGCAACGGUGCGGCACUGCGCUCGCAAAGUCUCCAACGUGCACUGGAUGCGCUGGUGCAGCCAUACGCGCCACCCCAGAGGGAACAGAGGCGCACGCGUGUGACGGAGACACAGCGUGCGCAGCCGGCCUCUCCGUCCAUCGAAGCAUGCGGGAGUACACGAAUCACAAGUGAACAGAGAAUAGUUGCUCAGACGGAGCGUCCAUUGUGGAACGACAACACUGGAGCGCUGCGCCGUCCUGUGCAGCAGCUGCAUCCACGACAUGAGCUUUUUGUGCAGAUGAUGCGGGAUCUCGGUGCCUUCGAAGGCACAUCGUCCCGUGGGAAUGGGGAUACCUCGGGUGAGGCGGCUGCGUUAACGCUCUCGGAGAUUCUGAACUUACCUCCGAUUCGCACGAUUGUUGACGAUGAGGCACGAGCGCGGGCAAUAGCGCUCAAACUUGAGUUCUGCACCGUUGUGCCGUCAUUACCGGAAUGGAUUGCGGAAACCGAGUAUAACCAGCGUGUUGAGCGGUGGCUCCAUUAUCGACACGCCCAGGCUCUGCAAUCUCUCCGUACAAUGGUAGCCAUUUCAGAUCAGCUUGAACCGGAAUCCUCGGAAAGCGUUCAAGAGGAAAGUAAGCGCCAACCGAUUGGCGGCGAGCACGGCAACUUGGGCGGAAUGUACGUUGGUCUGCUGGCACACAAGAGCUCUCGAGCCGGCUCUAUUGAACGGACAUCGCCUCCGCGUAUGCGAGCGAGCCGCUCAGCGCCGGCCCUUGGACAACUCGCCUGCGAAGAUACGAUGCUGGAGGGUCGCGCUGCGCUCCGCAACGUGGUUGAGCGCUUUACGCGAUUAGCCACGAACAAAAAUGCUUGCCGGGCAGCCGCAGAACAGCAAGGCGUAGCACCCGGCGAUACGCAGCAGGGGACGGUUGCUGGACUUGAGGUGCCGCGCACGACGCAGCACAGCGGCACGGGAGUAGUCUGUUCGGCUGGUGCGUCAGCAGCACCUGCUGCAAGUAGUAUUGGUGCUCUGUCUGGCUCCACGGCGCCCGAUCGUAGCGUAUUGCCCGAAGAAUCGUCGUCACCGACGCUGUCAGCAAUGCCCGCAACGACCACGACAGAUGAACCAGGCGAUUACAAGCAGGAACCUCUGAUCAGAACGCCAGCAGACCUUAUGGACCUGAAACGCGCUGUACUGGCGGACCUCUUGGACGCCGCAGAGCAAGCGCGACAGCAUGGAGAAUCAGCGUUCACGGGUAUAUGGAAGGAGCAGGAGCGGGAGCAGGCAUCCGCUCCUCCAAGUCCGCGAAUGCCAUUCAUCUUUCAGAUUACGAGCAGCGGCAACGCCUUGGAACGCCCAGUACGUGAUGCCGGUAUGAGCGCCGCCAGCUGGAGUUGUCGCUCACAAACGAGUUCCUCCUUCUUUUGUUAUCCUCUCUUGUCCAAGUGGGUGCGGUUUUUUGCAGCCAAUCUCUUCAGACCGUUGCCGCUGCGAAAGCGUCUCGCUGAACCCGAGUACUUGAGUGAACGGGAAACGCCGACUCUGCACUACGUCUCGGAGCGCAGCAGCAGCAGCAGAGCGUCAGCCGCGCGACCAGGCAGCCCUGCACCCGUCGAGGGAGCAGCUGCCCGUGGAUGUGUCGCCGAUAUCGACCACGUUGUAUUCGUCGAUGAUGAGUUGACCAAUCCGUGGAACCUACUCGACCCGGUCUGGCCGCACUUGGAACUCGUGUACUCGCUUUUCAUCGAAUUUUCGCUCUGCCGCAUCGGCCAAGUACCCGAAGGCGUGCAACUGGGCGAAGAACUUGCCGCGAAACAUUUCAACGAACGCUUCUUGCAUGCACUUUUGAGCCUCUUUGUUUCGGAGGAUCCGCGGGAGCGAGAUGCGCUCCGGACGGUCGUGCACCGUCUCUACGCUCGGUAUGCAGCACUCCGUCCGUCCAUUCGCAAGGUGAUGGCUGAGGUGGUCUUUGCGCGGCCUAUUGCGGAAGAUGAUGUUUUCCGGCAAAUCUCCUGGUUUCCACACUGUGCCCACAUGCGUACGUCGAGUGCGUUAGCGCGCACAACUUGCCCAGCAGAGACGAGGUCACGUAGUGAGCGUUAUCCCCAGCGAGCACGCUGCACGAACCUCCCCGAGAGUGCAGCACUCGCUGCCGAUUGUGGUCUCCGCGUCCAGAACACUGAGGUUUUCCUCGCUGGCUCACAUCCGGCUGCGAUCUGGGGAGGACUCUGCUACAACGGCGUCAGUGAAGCACUCGAUAUUCUCGCCGCGAUCGUUGCUGGGUUUUCGACCCCGCUGCGCGAAGAACAUCGGUACUACUUUCGUCGAGUACUUCUGCCGAUGCACAAAGCGCGUGGACUAGCGCGCUAUCAUCGGGAACUCACCAUGUGCAUUGUGUUUUACGUUUCCAAGGACGUUUCACUGGGUGUGGAAGCGAUUCGGACUCUGCUGCGCCACUGGCCUCAGACGAGUGCGCGGAAGCAGCUUCUUUUCCUCACGGAGAUGAACGACAUUCUCACAGCUUGCGGCAUUGCGUUGAGCCGCUCAGCGGAUACCGCUCGACAGCGCACCGCGCAUCCAGGGACGAUCCAGUCAAGUCGUCGUCGAGUCGCCUUUCAUGGACGGUACGCGAUGAUUGCGGAGCGUUCACGCCAGCAACAGCAACAGCAACAGCAACAGAGUGCGCACAUCAACCUGGUUUCUCUGGUGAAUCAGUUUGCAGUGCUGGUGCCUGCGAUAUUUUCGCGGCUUGCGGAAUGUAUAUGCAGCUCGCAGAUGGAUGUGAGUGAACGUGCGAUUUACAUGGUUAGCAACCAGGAGUUAAUCGGAGAACUAGUUGAAAAGUAUCGCGCCCAGGUCUAUCCGAUACUGGUACCCGCGGUGUACCGAACGAGCUCCGAGCACUGGUCUCAAGAGGUGCGGCACAUGGCAACCGUGCUUGCGGGGCUUCUCGAGCAGCUCGAUGUGGAUCGUUUUCGACAAUGGGCACGAGCCGGGCACAUGGAGAGCCCUUCGCAAACUUCACCUUGUCAUGCGGAGCGUGAAUCACAAGACUUGCACAGAAUGCUCAGCUAUGCCUCGUAA